CUCACCCACCGCAAGCUCCACCUCCACUCCACUCACAACCAGACGCAGCAGCCAGCCAGCAAUGACGCAGAGGAUCGUGAUCGCCGUGCAGAUGGCGAGCAGCAGGUGCCGGUCCAAGGCGCUGGCGCUGGUGGCGGCCACGCCGGGGGUGGACUCGGUGGCGCUGGCCGGGGACGCCAAGGACCAGGUGGUGGUCGUCGGCCACGGCGUCGACUCGGUCAAGCUCACCAGCGCCCUUCGCAGGAAGGUCGGCCACGCGCAGCUGCUGCAGGUCGGCGACGUCAAGAAGGAGGACCCGAAGAAGCCGGCGGCCGCCGUGGUCGAACACUACCCGCACUCGGGGUACUCCUACCCGUACGGCUACUACUACCCAUCGCAACCGGCGCCGGUGAACGUCUUCUACGGGCAGCAGCACUACCCUGCAGCCGCGGUCGAGGCGUGCGGGUACCCAUGCUCGCGGCCGGAGCCGGGCACCUGUUCGGUAAUGUAGAUAUGGAAGGAGGAAUUUGUUGGUUAAUCCUGCCGCGUGUAUGUACUAAGGUUCAGCUAGCAAUAGUGUCGAAUUUCAGUUAGUUACUGGCAUCAAGUUCAGUUCUUGUGUUUGCUUAGAUCCUAUUCCUAUGUAAUCGCCUGCGACCUGCAGUUCAAAGCCUCAAAGAGCAGAGUUUCUAACAAGCAGACCGUCGGCAUGAGA